AAAAAUUAGCCCUUUUUAAUCAUACAUUAGGGUAUUUUACAAUGGAAUUUAUUGUUAGCAUUUCCAAACGUAAAUAGCUUAGUUGUUUCUUCAGUCAGAGAAUUCACCUGUAUUAGGCUAAAUCAGCUUUUUUUUCAAAACUUCUGCGAUUUUGUAAAGGUAUGUGGGCAUGGGUCUUACUGCUGCAUUUCAUGUGGUCUAAGUUAUUGCUGGGUUAGGGUUAGUGAAACAAAAAGGUCUCAGGAGUAUGAAGACUCAGCAGCAUAGCUUUAUGAAGAUACAAUUUUCCUGUUGGGCGUGCGUUUUUUUCCAUCUAAUUUUUUAAAAGAAAAAAUUGUUGCUUAAAUACAGUACAAUGAACUGUUUUGAAGUUACCGAAGGAGAGCUUGCCAUCUAUAAUAUAACUGUAUGUAGAACCCAUCAAGUCGUGAGCUUCAAUGAACUCACAGUUUGCAAAGAAAUGUUCUACCAAACCUGUGAAUGUAUUUGCCAUACUCAGAAAAAAUGCACUUCGAUUUUACUGCAACGCAAGAAUUUAGCAAAUCUAUUGAAAAAUUUUUGUUAGUGUUUGAAACGCAUCUGUGUUUGAGUCUCUUGGAAAAUUGUUGGUUCUUUGUGAGAAAAAUGUGUACUUUAUAUCAAACAAUGUAGGGUUAGGCUCUGGAUGGUUUGCUGAUAUUUACCCAUUAAUUGGGUAUCUGAACUGCUGAUGAUGACCCAUGGGCAAUAUAUAACAUUAAAAAAUAAAAAAUAAAACAAAUUCUGUCUUUAAAAAAACAGCUUUUUCCAUCUGUUAUUUUGAACUUCCAUGGAAUUCAGCCAAAGCAAAAUGCUUCAUAAUAUUGUUAGCACAACGUUCAAAUUAUACUUAUCUUUUUUGGCUCACUUAUUUUGGUUGAUUCAACUUUUUGCCUUAUACUGUAUAUAUAAAUAUAUAUAUCAGGUGAUAGAUUCAAGCAGCACCUUUUAGUCAUCCCAGAAAGAGUUUGUUGGACUCUGAAUUAUUCAUGCACACAAAAUGGAAGUCUUUUAUCUUUUUUUCAAUAACUUUUGGAUGAUUAAUUUUGAAUUUUAGAUAUAUUGCUGGUUAUGUGUGACAGUUUUUUUGCAGUGGAGCAAUUUAUGGAGGCUUUAAUUGUCCACCAAUGUGUUCUUUCAAGUGAUUUAUCUUUGUGAAGAGAUUAGAGAAUUUAAAUUGCUGGGGUUUUUGAAAUAUUUUUAUCAAAGGCCUCCCCAUCAUUGAUGGUGCUGAUAUUAUUGUGAGAAAAUUAAAAAAAAAUUCUAGAGCUGCAUGGAAAAAGGAAAGGAAUAUAUCAGAAUGUGAGAUACCGUGAACUGCAAAUUUUGCUGUGUGAGGUUUUUCGUUGUUGGUAUUUUAUGCUGUUUUCAGCAGUCACCAAUCAUAUUUAUUGCAAUAUUAGGGCAACACUUGAGAGAUUUAAAGCUUGAGUAGGUUCCUGGGGGUUUUCAAGAAUUUUCAUCACAUAUACUCCAUGGUUCUGAAAAUUUUGGAUACAAGUCAGACAUAGAAAAAAAUUGUAGAAAAGGCAAUUUUUUUAGAAUAUGGGAUAUCAUGAAGGGUUGGUGCUUGUUUCAUUGUCUAAUGGUUACUGGAAAAGAGCUCAAAUGGGUAAUUUGGCUCAAGAAAGGAGGUGGAGGGGGGUUUGCCAGAUGAAAUUCAUCCGUCCAGCAUCCGUUGAGUUGAAUUUUUUUGUGCAAAAAAUAUGGGAGAUGUUCCCUUAUUUCAUGUUCAAAAUUGCAUUGAUGCUUUAUAUUCUCUAUUCUAUAGUUAGCACUGAACUUCUGGCUGAUUUUCUAGGCACUGUUGAUCUCAUCAGACUGGUGGUGAUUAUUAAAAUGGGACAUUCAUUUCAUAAGUAAAUCAAUGUCUAGAAUUAAUGAAUUAAUUUUUUUUACUUUAUUUUUCGAAUAUUGGAAUGUCACAGUUGAAUUCAGUGCUUUAUUAGAUGUCCUGAAAGCAUAGAAAGAUUGGUGCUUCAAAAGUUACACAUUAAUUGUUUUUUGUAGAACACCAAUUUAUUUGUGGAUCUGCUCCUGAAGUUUUGUAUUACUUGGAAGUUUGUGUGAGACAGGCAAGGAAUUGGUCAUUAUAGCAUUCCCUUGCUUUAUUUUGUGUAUGUCUUUCUUAAAAAUGUGGACUAUUUGUGAGAGCAUAUGCUCAAUCCAUUCCAACUUUGAAUUCCUGGUUUGCAUUCUCCAUGUGGCUUUGCCACGCUAAAAAUUUGUUCAAUUGAAAACUGAGGCUUGAAUCAGACUCCAUAUGCUGUCUCCGAAGAAAAUUUUACUAGUAGAGCUAUUUGGCAUUGUGAGCUGUGAUGGUGAUCUGACAAAUUCACCUGACGAAGUGCACAUUCCCAGCAGUCAAAGCCUUUGUAUAUCAGACUUAGCUGAUGGGCUGGGAAUCAGGAUGGAUUCCCAGCAAGCAAAACAGAACCAUGCGGAAGUUGCCAAAAAUGAGCUGGGAAUUAUGCUGUGUGCCUAUCCACAGGAACAAGAUGUUCUGGUCUAACACUGUUUGCAAGUGCUGGAGCUGUUGAGCAAUCUUGAGAUUUUGGACUCAUCAUCAGUCAUCUCCACCUGGCAGUGUUCAUUUAUUAUGCCUGCAAUGCUGCAAAAAAUAAUGAGGAUGGAAUGUGAGAGUCUGAAAGUUGGAGCUGACUGCGGAUGACGCAUAAAUGAAGUGGAAGGAACCAUAAAGGCGACCAUGAACAUUUUUUUGGAGUGAUCUCAUCUGUUCAGUUUUGAUAUUCUAGUUCACAUUGAGAAAUACAUGAAGUUCUUUUCAUUGUACGCAGCUCUCCUUUUAUUGUACGCUUGUACCAAAGGUUGUGUCAAUCGAAUCUUUCUCAAUUUUGAUGGCCCAUAAAUUUGAUUUGAGCUGUGGCCAAAUAAACAUAAUUUUUAUUGAAGGUGCAGUAAUGGUCUGCAAGUCUACAACUUCUCGUCCCCCCAAAAAUGUGGCAAGAGAAGUUCUGCAUGCAUUGCUUGCAAAUUAUUAUUUUAAAGAGACUAUUCGAAUAUUUCCCUAAUUUUGGCGAUUGUUGUGCGAACAGGGUGCUUGUUACACAUUCAAUAAUUUUUUGGAUAGCAAGUACAGGUAUCGUGCUGGACUGGUGUACAUCAGUGACUGUUCUUGAAUCAUGUUGUGAUUCUUAUUGAACUGAAGUCACUGUCCAUGCACAUUUGAGCUAUGCUUUAUUCUUCAAAGUGAUGAUUUUCUCCUUCUGAGAUUGACCUCGGGCCUGAAUUUCUGAGUUGUAUCAUCAAUCAGCAUUUGAAUAUUAAACGUCAGCUCCUGCGUGAAAGCUGUCCCUCCGGACAUGCAUCUGGCAGUACAGAACAUCGUAAUUCUUACGGGGAAUAUCCCCCUAGCGGGAAAAUUGCGAAUCGGCGUGAACACGUACUUUUUCCACGUGUGUCCUAAAAUUCACCCUGCAGCCAAAAAAUAAACAUGAUGAAACUCGUGAAAACUUCUUCCGAUGUGACAUAGUUUUCGUGACUUCGGUGACUUGUCCGGAAAGGGGAAGACCCUCUUAAGUGAUAUCUGUUUUGAAUUUGAGAGACGCGGUUUAAGAACCGAUACUCAGAAACUCAAGAAUUAUCUUUACUCCGACAGUUCAUUCGGAACAUCGUGAAUCAUCUCGGCAUGCCGACUCAUAAGCAAGAUCUUUCUGUUGCUUAUGCCGAGCUCGCCAAGUUUACGCAAAGUCGCGAAAAUGAGAGGGUCAUCAAAACGUGCAACAAAAUCUUGAACGAGAAUCCUGGGGAAUUCGAAGUAUGGAAAUGCAAGGUCGUUGCGUAUUUGCAACUGAGCAAGUUCCAGGACGUAGUUUCCACUGUGGAACGGUCCAAAUUUGCAAAAGAGUUAGCAUUCGAAUGUGCUUAUGCCCACUAUCGCCUGAACAACCUCUCGGAAGCUCUGGAAACCCUGUCCGGACAAGAUGAGAGCCAGCUUAAAAUCAUGGAACUCAAGGGUCAAAUCCUGUACCGACUCGAAAGGUUCAAAGACUGUCAACAAGUCUACAAGAGACUGAUCCGCGAAAGUGCCGACGACUACGAGGACGAACGUAACGCUAAUUUAGCCGCAGUUCACGCCCAGCUCAUCAUCGAAGGCGAGGAACAGGAUGUCGGGGCGGACACAAGCGAAACUUACGAGCAGAAAUACAAUUAUGGGUGUGCUUUGAUCGCGAAACGAAGACUUGCGGAAGCAGAGCAGGUUUUCAGAGGCAAAUCGAGCCUCGAGGAAGACGAGCUCACGGAAGAAGAGAUCGAAACCGAACUCGCUGUCAUCCGGGUCCAACUCGCGUAUUGUCUUCAGCUGCAAAAACGUGAAAAAGAAGCCCUCGCCAUGUACAACGCCGUGUUGAAAACGAGGCCAGACGAUCCAGCGCUGCUCGCUGUUGCUUGCAACAACAUCGUUGCCAUCAAUCGCGAGCAGAACAUCUUUGACUCCAAGAAAAAAAUGCGUUCUGUUCCGGGCCCCGAUGCUCAAAAGGACCUGGAAACCGUGGCACAAAAGUUCACUAGACGUCAGCGAUCCUCCAUGGCCUUCAAUCAUUGCGUUCUCGCGUAUCAUGUCCAUCAGAUGGAACAGUGUCGGAAACUGGGCGAGAGAACUGUGGAAUUGUACCCGGAAUUGUCUGGUGUUUUGUUGAGACUCCGAGCUGCGUCGUUUUGGAAGGAGAAGGCCUCUUCGAAUGCGGUUAAAGUGCUUAGUGAAUCCAGUCGGACUCCGGAGGACAGGCUUGAGAAUAAUUUGGCUGCCGCUCAGUUGCUUCUUGCUGAGACCAAGAAAGCUGAAGCUGUGCAAAUUUUCGAAUCGUUGCCGAAAGAGGUUCGUUUGCGUCUAGGUGUCGCAUCUGUGCUUGUGAACCUGUACGUUUCUCUGGGAAAAUUCGAACCUGCGUCUCAACUCUUGAAUGAUGCCAUCGGUCGACUUCAAAAGUCCAAGCAGCCGGUACCUCCAUACAUGCUACGUCAUCAAGCAGCACUGUACUUCAAGCUCAACAAGCCCGGGGAAGCUGCAAAGACAUUGGAAACCCUGAUGAAAUUGGAACCCGAAAAUAAAAGAUUUGUCGUGCAGUUGAUGCAUGCAUACACGAGCAUGGGACCGUCCGGGGCAUCGAAAGCCAAGGAACUGUCGAAAACUUUGCCUGAUCCCCGAGACCUGGUGAAACAGGUGGAUGUUGAAGCCCUAGAAAGAGCCAAUUGGGCCGUGGCUGGAACGAAGUUGUUGAAAAAGCAGACCCCCGGGGGUGUAGCUGCGCCUGGUACCCCAUCUUCGCCCGUUGAAGGCGACAUGAGUAAGCAUCGUCCCAAGGCGGAUGGAGCAGCAAGUAAUGAAGCCACGCCGAUCCCAAGUGGCCCGAGAACCCACAGGAAUGCCAAGAAGAAGCCCAAGAAAACGCGCCGUUGAAAAAAAAAAAGAAAGAAGAGCUGUUGUGAAUAUAUUACUCAUUGUCGAUACACGGUUUAUUCAGGAAUAAACAAGAAAAUAUAAUUGACCAGGAAAAGAAGUCAACUUCUGUAACUCUCACUAGACUCGCGACGAAUUUCCAGU